CCAUAGAGGCUCUGUGUUUGACACCACCAUUAUUUUAAUUUGUCUUGUUUCGUUUUCUCUUUCUCUCAAAUAAUGGCAUCUUAGUCCAUUUGUUUGUGUUGAAUACUUUAGAUAAAUUAUUGAAGUUAAUAAAUGGUUAAAAUUAUAAAUAAGAGGAAUUAUUAAUUAGCUCUUCGAAAUGGGAGUUCCAGCAUUUUUCCGCUGGCUCAGCAGAAAGUACCCAAGCGUCAUUGUUGAAUGUAUUGAACAGAAGCCAACCGAUGUAGAUGGUGAACUAGUGUAUGUGGACUCUUCACUACCAAAUCCUAAUGGAGUGGAAUUUGAUAAUUUAUACUUGGACAUGAAUGGCAUCAUCCAUCCUUGUACACAUCCAGAGGACAAGCCUGCCCCCAAAAAUGAAGAUGAGAUGAUGGUUGCUAUUUUUGAGUGCAUUGACAGAAUGUUCCGCAUUGUGAGACCGAGGAAACUUCUGUACAUGGCCAUUGAUGGUGUUGCCCCUCGCGCUAAAAUGAAUCAGCAGCGGUCUCGUCGUUUCCGAGCCUCGAAAGAGACCCAGGAAAAGAUCGAGGAGGUUGCACGCAUUCGUUCUGAGCUGCAAUCCAAAGGAGCGUACUUGCCUCCUGAGAGACCGAAGGAGGCGCACUUUGACUCCAACUGCAUAACACCCGGAACACCAUUUAUGGACAGACUGAGCAAAUGCCUGCAUUAUUACAUACAUGAUAGGUUAAAUAAUGACCCAGGAUGGAAAGGCAUCAAGGUGAUCCUGUCAGAUGCCAAUGUACCUGGUGAAGGGGAACACAAGAUUAUGGACUAUAUACGUAGACAGAGGGCCCAGCCCGAUCACGACGCUAACACUCAACACGUGCUGUGCGGCGCGGACGCGGAUCUCAUCAUGCUGGGGCUCGCCACCCACGAGCCCAACUUCACUAUCAUCCGCGAGGAGUUCAAGCCAAACAAACCGCGGCCCUGCGACGUCUGUGGACAACUUGGGCACGAGAUGAAAGAGUGUACUGGCACUACUCCGGAUGCAUCGCUGGUCCGUUCAGACCCUGCCUUCGGGAACCAGGACAACUUCAUCUUCGUCCGCCUAUCAGUGCUCAGAGAGUACCUCGAGAGGGAGCUGCAAAUGCCGAAUCUCCCAUUCCCCUACAACUUUGAGAGGGCGCUCGACGAUUGGGUGUUCAUGUGUUUCUUCGUGGGCAACGACUUCUUGCCACAUCUACCCAGUCUGGAGAUCAGAGAGGGCGCUGUGGAUCGACUGGUCAAUCUGUAUAAGAAGUGUGUUUAUAGGACUAAGGGCUGGAUCACAGACUCCGGGGACGUGAACCUGGACCGCGUGCAGGUGAUCAUGACGGAGCUGGGUUACGUAGAGGACGAGAUCUUCAAGAGGCGGCACACCAACGAGCUCAACUUCAAGGCGCGCGACAAGGCCAAGAAGAAGCAGCAGAAGGUCAACUUCUCGCUGCUGGAGAAGACACAGUUUGCACCUAUGCCGGUGGGUCAGGGCGGCUCCAGAGCGGUAGAGAACGCGCGCCAGGAAGCCGCCAACAUACGGAAGGCGGGCAUGGACGCCGUGGCCGCGCAAGAGGGGGCGAACGCGCGCGGCCGCAAGCGUACAGCCGCGGACGCGGGCCUCGAAGACUCCGACGACGAAGAUAAGCACGACGAGGUGCGGCUGUGGGAGGAGGGCUUCAAGGAGCGCUACUACGAGAGCAAGUUUGAGGUGGCCAGGGACAACCUUGAAUUCAGGUACCGCGUGGCGCUGCAAUACGUCCGCGGGCUGUGCUGGGUGCUGCGCUACUACUACCAGGGCUGCGCCAGCUGGAAGUGGUACUUCCCGUACCACUACGCGCCCUUCGCCUCGGACUUUGUCAACAUCAGCGGCCUCUCCACCAAGUUUGAGAAGGGCACGCAGCCGUUCCGACCUCUGGAACAGCUGAUGGGCGUGUUCCCGGCGGCGAGUUCACAGCACGUGCCCAAGCCCUGGGCGAAGCUCAUGAGUGACCCUUUUUCGCCUAUAAUCGACUUCUACCCGACGGACUUUAAAAUCGACCUGAACGGCAAGAAGUUCGCGUGGCAGGGCGUCGCGCUGCUGCCCUUCGUGGACGAGGCGCGGCUGUUCAAGGCUCUCGAGCCCUAUUACAAGGAGUUGACGCAGGCUGAAAUACAGCGCAACAUCCGCGGCCACGACCGCCUGUACGUGUCCACCGGCAACAAGAGCUACGAGUACGUGGCGGGGCUGCAGCAGGCCGCCGGCCAGCAGCUGCGCGCGCUCAUCGCCAGCGACCAGCGCUACCCGUACCGCUGCGACGGCGUGCGCGGCGACGUCAUGCUCAGCGCCGACUGCGUCUGCAUCGGGGGGCAGCUGUCGUCGCCCGUGAUCGGUCUGCGGCCGGUGCUGGGCAACCAGGUGGUGUGCGUGCGGUUCCAGGACCCGCAGUACCCUGACGACUUCGUGUUUCCGGCGCGCCGCCUCAAGCACGCCGUCGAGCCGCCGCGCGUGCUCAAGCCUGGCAACCUCAGCCACGAGCAGAACAGGAACUGGCGGCCGCAGAUCGGCAUGGUGCGGUCGAACACGGUGGCGUCGCUGGAGGCGGCCGGCCACCGCAUGCUGGGCCACGAGCUGCCGCGCCAGCGCGCCUACAGCAGCGUGCCGCCGCCGCAACAACACUCGGCGCCAGAUCGGCAAUCAUAUGGCCCAAGACGGGGUGGGUUUGUUCCAUACCAGGCCGAAGGUUACCAACAGAGCACGAGCCAAAACUACCAGAGCUUCCAGAACUUCAACCGCUCCGGCUACGGCUACCAGGAUAGAGCAGGCAAUCAAGAUAGGUCCGGCAACCAGAGCAGACCCGGCAGCCAGGGUUACAACCAGAACAGAUACGGCGACCAACAAGGUCAGACCUACCAGCAAAAAAGGGAUAAAUACGCGAAACCAAACCAAGGCCCGCACGGAUAUAAACAAUCGAAUUUUUACAACUCGCAGACACCGCACCAGUAUCAUCAAAAUAGAUAUGGUAGCAGUCAAGGUGGUCACAGUUCACAGCAGAGUAGGCGGUACCCGGGGAACUCUGGCAACCAGGCUGGUUGGCGUUGAUAACUUCUGUCAUAAUAGAUUAAAAUUAAACCCCUUAUUUAUAAAAAUAGAAUAAAAAUGUCAAAACUGUCAUAGACUUAUUUUAGUCUAUGAUGUGUACAGAUUUUUUUUUUAUGAAUAAGGAGGUAAAUGUGUGUAUAUAUAUAAUAAAAGGUAACAGCUGGUCUGCUCUUGAAUCCAAUAUCAAUCCAAUCCAAUAUUGCCAAUGACAAUUUUAUACUGCACUCAUGAAAGUUAAGCAGUUAGGAAUAAGUUUAUAAUUGAAAUCUGUUUACAAUAUUGCAUUAAUGAUAGAUGUAUAUUAGUGUAGCUUGCCAAUGCAUCUAUCAGAACAAUAUGGAGCCAUUACGUCGCUAGUAUUGCAAUUUGAGAGUGCAAAACGUCUCAAUUUAAAUAUUGGUUUUUAUUGGUUGGAUUUUAUUUCAAGAGUCACCCCACUGAACUCCUAUUUAGUUGAUAUAAAUUAAAAAACCAGACAAUCACUGUGUGGUAUAUAGAUAUAUCUUAUAUCUUGAAGGGUCAAUAUGCAGUUUGCACUGAUAUAGUUAAGGUAAAAUAUGCGCUGGUUGAUUAGUGGUUUAAACAAAACAUCUCCCAUCUUACAACCAGCGUUGUACUAUUUCUUAACAAAUUUAAAAGCGUUAUACCGCACUGCUCGAAUGUAUUAUGUACACAGGGAGCCUCUAUGUAUUUAAUAUUACUGUACAUUAUGAUCGAUUCUGUAUAGAAAUAUAAAUAUUGAUUAUUGACAGUUACGUACUUACUGCAAGAUAGAUCAUCCAUUUUUAUCUGAUGAUAAAUUGGAGAUUUUUUUUUCUUUGCUGAUUUUAGGUAGAAGGAAAGGAAGACUAUAAGAUAGCGAUUUUUUUUUUUAAGUUGUGUAUAGAUUGUUGUGUAGGUACGCUCCUCCAAAAUCCGAAAAAUUAAAAAUUUGUUAGUAAAAAUAUUUACAAGGUUUCAACCAAGGAAUAUAUAUAUAUAUAUAUAUAUAU